GUCAUGUUGUGGAGAAGAACUGGAGCUCGGGGCAGGAUGUGGUCUGCGAGCGCCUCUCUUCUCUCACUUCUGUUUCUGCUGCUUCUGCCUCAGCCUUCACUGCUUUACUCUUUAAGAAACUGCACCAGAGACUUCCACGACAGCAGUGAAGUAUUUUGUGACUCCAGUGAGUUAACCACAAUUCCUCAAGGCAUUCCCAAAACUGUGACUUAUCUAACAGCUGCUGCAAACCUCAUUGUAACAAUCAGAGAGUCUGAUUUUAAAGGCUUUACAAAACUUGAGACAUUAGUUCUUGCAAAAAACUAUAUUAAACACAUUGAAAAUGGAGCAUUUUCAGAUCUGUUUGCUUUAAAUAAACUAAAUUUGAUGCACAACAAACUCACAAAAUUGACUGACAACAUGUUCGAGGGACUGACCAAUUUGACGGUUUUAGUAUUAAAAAACAAUAAGAUUAAAAGUAUUUCGCCUCUGUGCUUCAAGCCUUUAGGAAAGCUGCAGAAACUGGAUAUGAGCUUUAAUAUGUUGGUGAACAAUAGUGAUGUUGUUAACAUAGUUUCACACUGUCCAUCGUUAAAGGUUUUAGAUCUGAUGUGGAGCAUGUUCACUAUUUUUGAAACUGACUUUUUUCCUUUUCCACUGCAGGACCUCAUGGUGUUGUAUCUGGGCUCAAUGACUCUGAGCAAAUUCCGUGUUCACUCCAAUGUUUUCCCUCAGUUAGAAUCUCUCACGUUAUUAGGCAAUGGACCUGCACUAGAAUGGGACGUUUCUGACAAAGUUUUCACCAAUCUGAAGACUUUCGAAAUAGGCUUUACUGAAUUAAAAACUGAAACAUACAAAACGAUUUUUCAAAGUUUUGAUUCACUUGAGAAUAUUUAUUUCAGUAAUUUGGGCAGGAUUCUUGACAAAAGAAUGUUUGACUUUGUUUGUGAAAUUCCAUCUUUACAAAAGUUUGGUGUAUUUCGAAAAAACAUUUCUGUUAUAGGCGACACUCUUCUGCAGUCCUGUUCUCGUCUCACUGAUCUGAAGCUUACCCAGAAUGCACUGACUGAGUUAUCUGAGUCCUCACUUCGAACGAUGACCCGACUCACAAAUUUAAGCAUCGAGUCCAAUCGAUUGAGCAUAAUCCCUCCAACCAUAAGAAACAUGUCCAGCCUCAUACAACUGUCGUUUGACUCCAACCAAAUCCUAAAACUCCAAUGUUCUGACUUUUUAAAUUUACAAUCAUUAAGAAAAAUCAGCCUAAAUUACAACAGAAUUUCCACAUUUAAGAGUUGUGUAUUUCAGGAUCUUCAGAAUUUAAGGGAACUUUAUCUAGAAAAUAAUUUUAUUUCGCAGUUAGAUGAUACCAUUUCAAACAGUUUGCCCAAUUUGGCUGUUUUUAAUGUUAGUGAGAAUCACCUUAGAUCAAUUGAGAAACAUACGUUCUUUAAUAUGUCACAUCUAACUGUCUUAAACUUGAAAUCAAAAUCGGCCACAGAGAUACAGAGUGGGGGUUUGGAGGGACUUGUGGGUCUGAAGAGGUUGACCUUCUCACUAAACUACCACAGUGGGAGUGUAUUUGAAGGUCUGCAACAACUGGAGCGUCUUGUUGUGUUUAUUUCAAGUGACAUAGAAAUGACUGAACUCUCUGAGCAGAGGACUUUACAUUUAGAGGCUUUGCAGGAGUUAACUAUUCAAGUUGACAAAAGCGCAUGUGUUUAUCAUGCACUUUAUAUACUCCAUGGUUUGAAAAAAUUGAGAGUACUUUCACUAGACACAAUCUGCUGUUUAACUCCCUCUAACAUAUUUGGGGAAACUCCAAAUUUAAUAAAUCUUCAAAUAACAAACUGUGUCGAGAUUAGUCCUAAGCCUGAACUUUUUCAUCCAAUCACAGAUUUACACAUUCUCAACUUGUCACACAAUAAAAUGAAAAAUUUAGAUUUUCUCAUUAAAGCCAAUCUGACCAAACUAGAAAAGUUGAUCUUAGCAAACAAUGAUCUAGCAGUUAUAAAUGAGACUGUUUUUGAGGCUCUCCCUUCACUAAAAUACCUGGAUUUAAGUGGAAAUCCAUUUGUGUGUGACUGCUCAAACGCUUGGUUUAUAAACUGGACGAUCAGAAACAAACAAGUCCAAGUGGUGGGUGCUUAUCAGUACAGAUGUUCUUCUCCUCCGUCUGAAGAUAGACACUUUCUGCUGGACUUUAAUGUGCAGCUGUGUUGGGAGUUCACUGGCUUCCUCUGCUUCAUCUCCACCUCUGCUUUGGUCCUUGUCACUCUUCUGUCCUCCUUCACCUAUCACUUUCUGCGCUGGCAGCUGGUCUACGGCUUCUACCUCCUUCUGGCAUUUCUCUACGACAGUAAAAAGAGGAGACAGGGCUGUCCUGACAUCUAUGAUGCGUUUGUGUCCUACAAUGUCCAUGAUGAGGACUGGGUUUACAAAGAGUUACUGCCUGAACUGGAAGAAGUACAAGGGUGGAGGCUGUGUCUGCACCACCGCGACUUCCAGCCAGGGAAACCCAUCAUUGAGAACAUCACAGACGCCAUCUACAGCAGCAGGAAGACUCUGUGUGUGAUCAGCCGCCGCUACCUGCAGAGCGAGUGGUGCUCACGGGAGAUACAGAUGGCCAGUUACCGUCUGUUCGAUGAGCAGAAGGACGUGCUGAUCCUGUUGUUUCUGGAGGAGAUCUCGUCCAAUCAGCUGAGUCCCUUCUACCGCAUGAGGAAGCUGGUGAAGAGCCGCACGUAUCUGAGCUGGACCCAGGCCCAGAGCCAUAAGGGCCUGUUCUGGGAGAAUGUACGCAGAGCAUUAGAGUGUGGCAACGAACCUACAGACAACCACAACCCGCUGACCGCUAACGUUUAGCUGCUCAAACCAGCUAAUUGCUAACAUUUAGUUGAAAAUGCAUGCUACCUGCAAAUGUUUUAUUUACUAAAGCUUGUUAACUGCUAAGGUUUAGCUGCUAAUAGGCUACCUUGGCUGAUUUGGCACAUUUUUUCAAAGUGCACAUGCCAAAAUGCUUCUGCAGGCCUAUUUAAACAGACAAUAAACGUGAGAAAAUGGAGCACAUAAGAGUAAAGUCUGACUUCAGAU